ACCUGUUACAAAACUGGUUUGUUUGCUUUUUGUCCUCUUUCAUUUUCCAAGGCACAGUUACAUAUGCUUUGUUUUUCUUCAUUCCUCUUUUUAGUUGUUGACAAGUUGCUUAAGCAAUAGGCAAACUGUAUUGCUUGCUUUUGUCUUGGGGUCUUCCUUGUCCCCACACUUGCUGCUUCCUGGGGAACCCCCCACUGAACUCUGAACCUCUUCUUGCUGCUAGUGUUCUGUGGCUUUGCACACAAACUCUGCUGUUGGCUGAGGUCUCUGUGGGUUUUUGUUCACAGUUCUUCUCUGACAAGGCUUGCUCUGUGCUACACAGUUCCUUUUCUUUGUUCAGUCUUGCACUUCUGCCACAGAGCCACAAAUAUCUCCAGCUGGGAAUCAGACAGGGACAGAAAUGAGGAGCCCAGGAGCCCAAGACAAUGUUUCAGUUUCCCAGGGUAUGCGAACUAUGUUUUACAUGAUGAAGCCCAGUGAAACUGCCUUUCAAACUGUUGAAGAGGUGCCUGAUUACGUUAAAAAGGCAACUCCAUUUUUCAUCUUCUUGAUUCUGCUUGAACUAGUCAUCAGCUGGAUCCUCAAAGGGAAACCAUCAGGUCGUUUGGAUGAUACUCUCACAUCUAUGUCAGCUGGUGUUGUGUCUCGGCUUCCAAGUCUGUUCUUCAGAAGCCUUGAAGUGACUAGCUAUAUUUAUAUUUGGGAGAACUACAGACUUUUUGAAUUGCCUUGGGAUUCUCCAUGGACAUGGUAUUUAACCUUCUUAGGAGUUGACUUUGGCUACUACUGGUUCCACCGCAUGGCACAUGAGAUUAAUAUUAUCUGGGCAGCACACCAAGCACACCACAGUUCUGAAGACUAUAACUUAUCCACGGCACUGAGACAGUCUGUCUUGCAGCAGUAUAGUUCCUGGGUUUUCUACUGUCCCAUGGCCCUUUUCAUACCACCUUCAGUGUUUGCUGUUCAUAUUCAAUUCAAUCUCCUCUACCAAUUUUGGAUCCACACAGAGGUCAUCAGAAGCCUUGGCCCUUUGGAACUGGUCCUCAACACUCCUAGUCAUCACAGAGUUCAUCAUGGCAGAAAUCGUUACUGCAUAGAUAAAAACUAUGCUGGCACUCUUAUUAUUUGGGAUAGAAUAUUUGGGACAUUCGAAGCAGAGAAUGACCAGGUCAUAUAUGGUCUAACCCAUCCCAUUGGAACAUUUGAGCCAUUCAAAGUGCAGUUUCACCAUUUACUCUAUAUAUGGACUACAUUCUGGGCCACACCUGGAUUCUGCCAUAAGUUUUCUGUCCUAUUUAAAGGACCAGGAUGGGGUCCAGGCAAACCAAGACUUGGCCUGAGUGAAGAAAUUCCAGAGGUUACAGGAGAGGAAGUCCCCUUCUCGUCAGGAGCAUCUCAGCUCUUGAAGAUAUACACUGUCCUCCAGUUUGUAGUAAUGCUGGCAUUUUAUGAAGAGACCUUUGCAAAUACAGCGGUGCUGUCUCAGGUCACUCUUCUUCUGAGAGUCUUCUUCAUAAUCCUGACCUUGACAUCCAUUGGUUUCCUUCUGGAUCAAAAACCCAUGGCAGCUAUUGUAGAAACUCUCUGGUGCCUGUUGUUCCUAACCCUGUACAGAUUUGGUCAUUUAAAGCCUCUUAUCCCAUCUUUAUCAUUUGCAUUUGAGAUUUUCUUUUCGGUUUGCAUUGCUUUCUGGGGCGUAAGAAGCAUAAAACAACUCACCUCUGGAUCUUGGAAAAAUCCUUAAUGCUCACAGGUCUGCAGGUCCUGUCAGUUGUCCAUGCUACGUCAGGAAGACAUGGGGAGAAAUAGAUAUCUUACAUGGCACCCAUGCUCCAUCACUGACACACAGAGAGAUCGGUAUCUUACAUGAAACCCACAGGAGCUACUUAGCUAAUGAAAAAUGAAAGCAUUUCUUUGCCUAUGUUUUUCUUACUUGUUUCCUGUUAAAAUUAAUGCAAAUUAUUUGUUUUUGUUUUCACUAAAUAUGUAAUAAACCAUAUCCAUUGAGGUUGUAUUCACCUCUCUCUCUCUCUCUCUCUCUCUCUCUCUCUCUCUCUCUCUCUCUCUCUCCCUCUCCCUCUCCCUCUCCCUCUCCCUCUCCCUCUCCCUC